UAACUCGGAAAUAGCCACACGCCGACACCCCUCUCUCCCUCUCUUCAAAUAAAUAAACACCCCCAAACCCUAUUCUUAAUUUCUUAUCAAGUAAGUGGAGACUGGAGAGAAAGAGAAGAGAUGGGCGAACAAGUGGUUCUUCUGGGCACUCGUUACAGUGGUUUUGCGAUGAGGGCCAGAGUGGCUCUAUCAGAAAAGGGGGUCGACUAUGAAUUCAAGGAGGAAAAUUUGGGCAACAAAAGCCCCCUUCUGCUUCAGACAAACCCUAUCCACAAGAAAAUCCCUGUCCUCAUCCACAAUGGUAACCCCGUCUGCGAGUCUUUGAUUAUCGUCGAGUAUAUCGAUGAGGUCUGGAAGGAUAAGUCUCCGCCAUUGCUUCCCUCUGAUCCCUACCAGAGAGCCCACGCCAGGCUCUGGGCAGAUCUCGUCGAGAAGAAGGUGAGCGCUAGCGCGAUGAAAGUAUGGACGGGAAAAGAAGGGGAGAGGCAACCGGCAGUCGAAGAAUUUAUAGAUAACCUAAAGUUAUUCGAGCGGGAGUUAGGGGAAAAGCCAUAUUUUGGAGGAGAAAGCUUCGGGUUUGUGGAUGUGGCCUUGAUUCCUUUUUAUAGUUGGUUCGAGGCAUACGAGAUUCUUGGAAACUUUAAAAUUGAAGAGCAUUGCCCGACAUUGUUGGCGUGGGGCAAACGAUGCAUGGAGAAGGAGAGCGUCGCCAAAUCCUUGCCCAAUCCCAAGGAAGUCUACGACUUUGUUUUGGUACUUAGGAAGAGAUUCGGCUUUGAUUAGGCUCCUUAAUUUAGUGUAUGAACAUCGAUUGCGCGCGCUUGUUUGUAAUAAUGUUGAUGACUUUGUAACGUCUUUUGAUUUCGUGUAUGCUUUAAGCAAUUUGGUUAUUUUAUUUUAUUUUUUUCUUAUGA